AUGGCAUCCAUCAACAUGCGCAAAGGCGACGUCACCGAAUUGAUCGAGUACAUGCGCUCCUGUGAGAGCAUCAUGGCUGUCGUCGGAGCUGGACUAUCCGCUCCUUCUGGCAUACCAACCUUUCGACACGAAGGAGCUAAUUGGCGGGGCCUACCGAUUGCACUACUGUCUCAGUCUUCAACGUGGGAGAAAGAUCCAGUGCUGAUGUGGGCCUACACAGAGAACAGACGUCAGAUGUGUCGUGUCGCGCAGCCAAACACUGGCCAUAGAGCGCUUGCAGCUUUGGCAAGGGCCAAGCCAGACUUCUUGACUAUCACGCAGAACAUCGACGGUGAGAGAUUUAUUGGUUUCAUCGUUGUCUGACAAUACGCUGAUGAGACCUCCUCAGGCUUAUCCCAUCGAGCACAACAUCCCCCUCGCCAGUUGGUCACCCUUCACGGCUCCAACCAUGGUAUCAAAUGUUCAAACAAGGACUGCAACUACACAGCAGAGAACUACACCGACCAGUCUACCGUGCCCGGCUUGGAGAUGCCUGCGGAAUUUUCCGACUCAACUAUACCUCUACCUCAGAUCGACAGACAGGCUAUUCCCCGAUGUCCGAGCUGCAAAUCUGCAAUGCUUCGUCCGGGCGUCACCUGGUUCGGAGAAUCGCUUCCUUCCACAUCCAUGACUCAUAUUGAUGGCUGGCUUGAUGCACAUGAAGACGUCAAUCUUUUGCUCAUCAUCGGAACCAGCCGAUCUCCUUUCGUUGCGGACGCCAUUGAGCGCGGCGCUAGAACGGCAGUAUUCAACAUGGGAAACGACGCGGAGCCUUGUGACGACGAUGACUGGGUCUUGGAUGGCGAUGCUUCUCAAACUCUGCCAUACGUGAUUGAGAGGGCUCUGGGGACUCAUAUCUGA